ACGAGAACGCUCACCGCUCCCUUGACUUACUUACUUCACACAUGACUUAACUGCUGCGCUGCACAUACCCCGUCUGUCUACAAAGCCUGUCUUGUCUAAUGUCGAACUGACCCAUUGAUUGAAUUCCAUUCACCCCCACCCCCCACGUUUCAUCAUACGCCUGUCUCACGUGCUCCAACGAUAGAUAUAUGUGAUUUAUAGCCAAAUCUUUCUCUCUAUUCGAUUCGUCUCUCAUAACGAAAUGUUCCCCUGCCCUAUUCAGCUUACUUUAUGUCUUCAGGAGUGGAAAAGUGUAAAUCUCUUUUUUUCUCUUUCUUUCUUUUCAUGUCCUUUUUUAACCCACGAAUUUGUUCUUCUUUUCUUGUCCUGUAUGUGCCCAAGAGCGAUCGGAAGCUUUCUAUUUCUAUUUCUAUAUUUUUUUUACACAUUUUUGUAUGUUUUCUGUGUUUUUUUCUAUGGAGGAUGUGUGUUUGUGUUUGUGUGUUUCUCUCUCUCUCUCUCUCUCUCUCUCUCUCUAUGUGUGUGUGUGUGUGCGUCUGGAAAUGGAGUAUCGAGUGGGAUGGAUGGAUGGAUAGAUAGAUUGCGUGUGAUGUUCAACUGAAUCUGCGAGGAUGAAUCAUUCCUUAACAUGGCACAAAUACCUACUAUAGAUUUUGAUUAUUAUUGAUAUUGUUCUGGAUCAA